AUGCGCAACACGCUGCGCCUCGCCGCCCUCGUCGUUGGCGUUCGGCGCGCCUCGAGCAUGGCCGCGCUCGCGUCGAAGAAGCCAGCGCUCACCUUCGUCACGGGCAACGCCAAAAAGCUCGAGGAGGUGACGGCCAUCCUCAACGCCGGAACGCCGCUGCCCUUCGCCAUCGGCAACCGCGCCCUGGACCUGCCCGAGCUCCAGGGCGAGCCCGAGGACAUCGCGCGGGAGAAGUGCGUCCUCGCCGCGGCCGCCGCCGGGGGCGCCGUCAUGUGCGAGGACACGCUCCUCUGCUUCGACGCCUUGAACGGCCUGCCCGGUCCCUACAUCAAGUGGUUCCUGCAGAAGACGGGCCACGCGGGCCUCAACAACCUCCUGGCGGCCUACGACGACAAGGGGGCCUACGCGCAGUGUUUGUUCGCGCUCUGCGCGGGCCCCGGCGCGCCCGUGCGCUUGUUCGACGGACGGACGCGGGGCGCGAUCGUGCCCGCGCGCGGGCCGACGGACUUCGGCUGGGACCCCGUCUUCGAGCCCGCGGAGAGCGGCGGGCUCACCUACGCCGAGAUGGACAAGGCCGCGAAGAACGCCAUCUCGCACCGCGGCCGCGCGCUCGCGCAGCUCCGGACCUGGCUCGCGGACCACGCGGCCGAGUUCGCCGACGAGAUCGCGGCGGCGGCGGGUAAGUGA